GGUUGCCGAGUGGGGCUCGGCCGCGGGCGGGCAGCUGUAGACAGCGCACCGUCUGGGGGCUCGCGCAGGGGGCUGCAGCUUUUCCCAGCCCGGAGCAAGUGUGCGGGGCCAGGAGGAAAGCCGGGGGGAGCGAGCCGGGCCCGGGGCUGCGGGUGCGGCUGCGGCCCCCCAGCCCCGCCAGCCCGAGCGCUCGGAGGUAGAGGAAAGGUCUGGACAGGGUGGCUGGACCAGUGGCAGACUCAGAUCCAGGCCAACUGUAUGACUGACUGAGGUGUUGGAACAGAAGGAGGUCCAGUCCUCUUGGUGACAACACUAUGGCCCUGUUCUGGGAUGACUGAGGUAUAAAAGAGGCAAAAUGGGAAGAGACUGGCAUGUAUGCUGGUGAAAGCCAACAGCUGAGAAUCUCGAGGCCAGAGAGACGUUGAGAAGUCAAGGAGCAGACCCUCCAAGCCUCCAGGAGCUAAUAGCGUUGGUCAUAGGAAGAAGAAACUCUGAACAGUGGACUCAACAAUGGCUCUUUCCUUCUGGGGGCCCGUAGAAUGGUGAAAACCACUGCCCAUGAAGGUUGGGGUAAUCUUUGCGGCACCUCAGGGAUAUAACAAGAGGCAAAAUGGCGUAGCUACAGCUAAGUCUGCCGGUUUUCCCCAACAAAGAGCAGCUGAGUCCUUGCAUCUUGUGGCAGCUGGUGUGCCCAGCACCGAGCACUUCGGAGCUGAAGGCAGCCCGGCCCCUUCUCAUGGGCAGCACCCACCUGUGCUGAAGUCCUGAAGGAGUGGCGGUGAGAGGUCCAUACCCUUUCUCCAUCGGUCUUCUAAAAGCAUGCUUCGAAGCACUUGCUUUGAAGGAGCUGUGCUAUCAGUGGUAACUGAAAAUGUCUGACAGUCUGGAUAAUGAAGAGAAACCCCCAGCUCCCCCACUGAGAAUGAAUAGUAACAACCGGGAUUCCUCAGCACUCAACCACAGCUCCAAACCACUUCCCAUGGCCCCUGAAGAGAAGAAUAAGAAAGCCAGGCUUCGCUCUAUCUUCCCAGGAGGAGGGGAUAAAACCAAUAAGAAGAAAGAGAAAGAACGCCCAGAGAUCUCUCUUCCUUCAGACUUUGAACAUACGAUUCAUGUGGGGUUUGACGCAGUCACCGGGGAGUUCACUCCAGAUCUCUAUGGCUCACAGAUGUGCCCAGGGAAGCUCCCAGAGGGAAUUCCUGAGCAGUGGGCACGAUUACUCCAAACCUCCAACAUAACAAAGCUGGAACAGAAGAAGAAUCCACAAGCCGUUCUAGAUGUUCUCAAAUUCUACGAUUCCAAAGAAACAGUCAACAACCAGAAAUACAUGAGCUUUACAUCUGGAGAUAAAAGCGCACAUGGAUACAUAGCAGCCCACCCUUCGAGUACAAAAACAGCAUCAGAGCCUCCUUUGGCUCCUCCUGUGUCUGAAGAAGAAGACGAAGAAGAGGAAGAAGAAGAUGAUGACAAUGAGCCCCCACCAGUUAUUGCACCAAGACCAGAACAUACAAAAUCAAUCUACACUCGUUCUGUGCUUGAAUCCAUUGCUUCACCAGCAGCACCAAAUAAAGAGGUCACACCACCUUCUGCAGAGAAUGCCAAUUCUAGUACUUUGUAUAGAAACACAGAUCGGCAAAGGAAAAAAUCCAAGAUGACAGAUGAGGAGAUCCUAGAGAAGCUAAGAAGCAUUGUGAGUGUUGGCGACCCAAAGAAGAAAUACACAAGGUUUGAAAAAAUAGGUCAAGGGGCAUCAGGUACUGUUUAUACAGCGCUAGACAUUGCAACAGGACAAGAGGUGGCCAUAAAGCAGAUGAACCUUCAACAGCAGCCCAAAAAGGAAUUAAUUAUUAAUGAAAUUCUUGUCAUGAGGGAAAAUAAGAACCCCAAUAUUGUUAAUUAUUUAGAUAGCUACUUAGUUGGUGAUGAACUAUGGGUGGUCAUGGAAUAUUUGGCUGGUGGCUCUUUGACUGAUGUGGUCACUGAGACCUGUAUGGAUGAAGGCCAGAUAGCAGCUGUCUGCAGAGAGUGCCUCCAAGCUUUGGACUUCUUGCACUCAAACCAAGUGAUUCAUAGAGACAUAAAGAGUGACAAUAUUCUUCUUGGGAUGGAUGGUUCUGUUAAACUGACUGAUUUUGGGUUCUGUGCCCAGAUCACCCCUGAGCAAAGUAAACGAAGCACUAUGGUGGGAACUCCCUAUUGGAUGGCACCUGAGGUGGUGACUCGAAAAGCUUAUGGUCCGAAAGUUGAUAUCUGGUCUCUGGGGAUUAUGGCAAUUGAAAUGGUGGAAGGUGAACCCCCUUACCUUAAUGAAAAUCCACUCAGGGCAUUAUACCUGAUAGCCACUAAUGGAACCCCAGAGCUCCAGAAUCCUGAGAGACUGUCAGCUGUGUUCCGUGACUUUUUAAAUCGCUGUCUUGAGAUGGAUGUGGACAGGCGAGGAUCUGCCAAGGAGCUUUUGCAGGGUACAGAAGGACAUUCGGAAGGAAAUACCCAGCAGGCAAUUGGAGAAGUAGGACCAGUCUGCAAGAAAGAGCAUCCAUUUCUAAAACUAGCCAAGCCUCUCUCCAGCCUGACUCCUCUGAUUAUCGCUGCAAAGGAAGCGAUUAAGAACAGCAGCCGCUAAGACUGCAAGCCUUACCCCACACCAUCUCCGUCCUGAGUAAGACUGAACUGUGAAACUCUGCUGCAGGAAAGAUGGAAGAAGACAGUCAAAUGGGGGUGGGGGGGUCUUUAACUUUCCAAUGAAUAGAAACUUCUUAUAAGCCUUUUUCCUACUCCCUCAGAUUAUGUAAUUUAUUUGUAAGCCUGAAUCGCAGCCCAAACCGGGCAGCAAUGUCGAAGUGGCCAUAAAGUGGUCACUUCUACCGUGAAGCGAAAGAGCCAGUAGUGAAUCCCCUCAUUUUGUGCAUUCACUUUGAAGAAAAAAAGGUUUCUCAAAGAUGCACACUCCCUCUUCAUAGUGUCGUGUUCGUUUUUAAGUUAGAGAGUAGUCCCUCUUGCAUUCGAACCUCCUUCAAAACUCCUUACCCAAUGUGAUGUUUUUCACUUGCAUUGUCAUUAGAUGUCCAGAGGAAAAAAAAGAUGUCAAAACAUUUUUUUAAAGCAAGCAAAAAACGAAAGCAAAAACAAAACAAAACAAAAAAAAACACAAAAAACAAAAGCAAAACAAACAAAAAAAAUUUCCCCAGAGCAAGUACUGUGUGACCAUGUGGAAGUCCAUGCCCUAACAGAGUUGCAAUUUUUUUUAUUCUUCUUCUAUAGUAGUGGCUUGGUUUGUGUAUCUGUUUUUCUGCAUUUGUAUUGGGAAAGGUUUCUUUGAAGGCAUUUUUCCAAAAGCAGAGAGGAGUAUGUGUGUUCAGGAAGGGCUUUUAAAAACUGUAUAUCUUAAUAAAUCUCAAAUGGUGAAA